AUGCCUGCCGAACCUAAACAGAAGUCUCGUGCAAUUCGCGCCAGUGACCGUGAUCCGACCCAAGCUCUUGCUAAAGCUGCACAGCAUGUGAAGCCAGGUCCAAAGCCAAAACAAGCUCACCGCUCUUCUGCUAUUCUUAGACAGGACCGGCGGCAGAAUCUGACGCAGUAUGACUGGCUUCAGGUUGUUCAGCACAUUGACAAAAACCCUGGAAUCAAACAGAAAGCCGUAGUGGAUUACUUUGCGACACGAUCCACGGCCGAAGGAGGAAGACUGUUGUUUACUCAGGGUGCUCUAUCAAAGCAUCUCAAACCGGACAAGAAGGAGGCUCUCUUGAAACUUGCUGCUGAGAACUCCGCUGCACUCUCAAACAAGCGCGAGCGAAUUGUGACUUCGCCCGAAGUUGAUCGGGCUCUGGGCUUUUGGGUUCUUGAUAUGGAGCAAAAGCGGCGCUCUGUGACAGGUGCCAUGCUCAUCGAACAACGGAAGAGAUUUGAGGAAGCACUGAAGAUUCCCGAUGACCGUCGCUUGCGUGGCACAGGUUGGCUUGACUCCUUCAAGAAAGCACAUGGUCUCAUUGAAUGGCAACGUCAUGGUGAAGCUGCAUCUGUCAAUCUCGAAGCCGUGGACGCAGAACGUAAACGUUUGGUCAAGAUCUGUUCCCGCUAUGCUCCUGAAGACAUCUGGAAUGCUGAUGAGACCAGCUUCUUUCCAUCGAUGCCUCCGGACCGGACCCUUUGCACUGCGCCAAUGAAUGGGACCAAGCAGGACAAGUUCCGCAUCUCUGCUCUUGUGGCGUGCAACUCAACAGGCACAGAGAAACUGGACUUGAUGUUCAUUGGGAAGUUCAUGAAGCCUCGUGUGUUCAGAGGUGUAAACCCUGCGAACAUGGAUCCGCCACUUUAUUAUCGAGCCAAUAAGAAGGCUUGGAUGACCGCUGAAUUGUGGACAGAAUGGAUCCGUAAAUGGAACGACAAACUUCGACGUCAGAAGCGGCACAUCCUGCUUCUCAUUGACAACUGUCCGGGACACGUUGCCAUGACAUACAAACCCAGCAACAUCCGUGUUGAGUUUCUGGAGCCGAACAUGACAUCCUUUGUCCAGCCUUGCGAUGCAGGCAUCAUCCGCUGUCUCAAAGCACACUACCGGCAGGCUUUGGCUAUCCGCGUGUGA